AUGGCGACCGACGGGUUCCCGGGCGGCCUGGCGUGGGUGGAGCGCGGCUCGGUGCUCAUCCGCCGCAUGAACUCGGAGCGCGUCGCCGAGGACCCGCGCGUGCGCCGCCUGCUGCUGAAGCUGUCGCUGCCCCCGUCGCCCACGGAGGUGACGGCCAUGGAGGCGAUCGCGGAGGAGAACGCGGCGGCUGCGGCGGAGGAGAAGGGCGACGCAGAGGAGAAGCGGCCGUCUCCUCCGCUUCCUCCCCCUCCCCCGUCGCUGCUACUGGACGCCCAGGAGAGCUUCGAGGCCAUCGAGGCGGCCACGGACGCUAACGACGUCAAGCAGGAGAGCGAGAACACGGCGUCCAACACGUACAAGGUGCUGCUCUGGACGUACAGGCUGCAGGUCUCGCUGCAGAGCGCAGUGCAGUACGCGCUGUUCGCCAAGACCAGCGAGGACGGCUGCUUCAUUCAGAUCGCUCCAAGGGUUUAUUGCGUGGCGCCGCCGCAUAUCACGACGUUCAGUCGGUUGUUCGGGGCGUACUCGUCGGCGCGCAACUGGAACGCGGCAGUGAAGGUGCUGGAGCAGUUGGACUCGCAGAUGUCCAAGAGGUUCGAGGACGGAGCGUGUGUGUUUGACUGCGGGCUGUUCGAUGGCGUCAAGAGGAUGCACCACAAGCCGCUGGUGUUUGACGAGUUUUGUGAUGGACGCAUCGCUUCGAUCUCGUACUGCCGCGGACCGAUUCCCUCGAUGCAUUCCGGUUUCGUGGUUACGUCGACGGUUGCGGCGUGGCUGGACCUCAAGCCGUCCAAUGUCGCAAUCCUGCUUGCCCCGAACAAUGAGCAGAUGAGUGUGUUUGCCACGUGCUGCACGCUCUACUGCACCGUCGUGUCCAGCUUCCCGGAGAACUUCGGAAACGAGCUGCUGAGCGCGUAUUUGCAGCACAUUAAGCUGGCCGAAACGUGGCCAGCUAAGCUCCAGCGGACUUUCAGCGGGAACGACCCCAAGAAUGCCGCCUACACGGGUGGGUUACCGCGACCCCAGGCACGAUACAUUGCGGACUUUGGCAAGCUGUUGGAGAUGCGAGACAAAAAGUUAAUGGACUGCGCCGACUUGCCAGCCCUGGAGGAGAAGAAGCAUAAGCUGACGGGUAUUGCAGUGACCCCAGCGGCGCGACCGAUUUAUAUCCGACAGAUCGAUCUAUUGUCGAGUCCUGAGUGUGCAGACGAAGCAAGCAGCUCAAGCCUCACGGCGUUGUCGCCUCUGGCUGAGAUCUGCCGACCUUAUUUUGUCAUUCAGAACGAGAAAGGGGUCCUAUUCUCCAGCAUGGUGAACGGCGUUCGAAACGUGGAUCUGCAUACAGGGAUGCACAUAUUCCGGGUGGGAAGGCAGUUCCAGAACUGCAGCGACUUGCAGCUAAAGAUGUAUCACCUGCCAUUCGGUCGACAGGGGGAGCUGAUUUUUGAGUGCCGCCUUCACGCCAGCAUCUUGUUGGAGCUCCAGGUUGUCGAGGGGGAAGCAGGAGUUGGAGAAAAUGAUGUAGGCAUUGUCACGUUGCGCCUCGACAAGGGUGACUUUGACUGCAUUUCGUCGACAUUCUCGCUACCUAAGCAGUUCACGGUCCGGAUUUUGUAUUCGCACGACUUCAGCGCGUUCCCCGCCAUGGAGUCGCCACUUCCUGUCAGACAAAUGGAUGAAAUCAACUCUGUUGGGGAUUCUGCUGCUGCGGCAGCUGCUGCUCAUUCGAAUGGAGAUGCAUCAGCGGCUCAUGCCAGUGCAUUCGCGGAUCAGCAACGGCGUGCUAGUACAAAGGCUAUGCGAUAUGAUGGACCAAAUGCUGUUACGUUUCUGUUGGGCCAACCUGGAAUUCGGACGCCAUUCGGAGAUCUCGCACUAGAGAAAGUUGAUGUGAUUCGGAAGGCACACAGAAACCGAGUGGAUAUCUAUCUGCUCUUCCACGUGGAUGCGGGACAUUGCCAAACAAAAGUGCUGCCACUGCGCCACUUGUUCCGUUUUGUGCUGCCUGAAGCCAUUCGGGAAAAAGUGAUCUCGAUGGGAGCGAGCGAAGAGUCUCUGGAUGAAAAUGCGCCGUCUUCCUUCGAUGUUGGCUCUGGAGUUAUGUCAUUUGAUGAGGAGUAUGCCCGCUGGUUGCAGCAUUUGUACGAAACUGAUUUGGAUACCCCUGGAAACAACUAUGAUGACGAGUUCGUGCGAGGGAUUCCUGUCACUGACAUCCAGCCAAGCCUCGAUUACCGGAUCGGCAGCUCGAUUACUCACCUUCAAGGCGAUUGCAUUUGUUUCCGUGAAGUGAGCAUCGAGACGGAGGUGAACGAACCACCCUCUCCUGCUCGAGACCAGCACGGCCGCCGACCAUACACCUCCAAAUCCCGUGGAGCCCCAGCUUCGCUAAUCAACCAGCUCCCCACGUACACUUUCACAGCAGCAAAAGAACACGCCGACCAAGCCACCCCUGAUUGCCUGAUAUGCCGCUGCAGCUUCGAGGUCGGCGAGGAGAUCAAGUCGUUGCCGUGCUUCCACUCGUAUCACUCCGACUGCAUCGACUCGUGGCUGUCUCUGAACAAGGUGUGCCCAGUUUGCCAGUUCAGCGUCGACCAAACUCAACUCGGUUAG